AUGUUGAAAGCUGUGUUUUUUCAACUGGCCGCGGUUUGCCUGGGGGUUUUGGCUUCUGACUGCGAGCCUUACUCUGAAGUUCCCAUCUGGGGCACCGUCGAGUCUUCCACCGCGCCGCGCACUACUUCGUUGCCUACCACCACCAAGUCCUACUCGGUUGAGCCCCUCAAUACCUGGACUGCCGAAUCUACCUCUUCUCUCUGGGGAUUUGGUGUCUAUAAAACUACCUUGGAAGCUAAGAUUGUUGUUCGCGCCGACGCUGGUGUUGUCGGCAGCCAUGUCUCCGAACGCGAUCUAUCAACCACGGACGCUACCCCGAUCCAGUCCGGCCCUGGCAAGUGCAACGGCAAGACACGACGAUUCAACUGCAUCUCCCCCGGCGACAAGUGGCAGGAGUGCAGUUCGAAUAAAUGGUCAGAUGUCAUCCCCAUGGGGAAGCUGGGGGGCGUCACCACGACUUGCACAAACUAUGGAAUUCAUGCUUUCCUAAAGUUGACUCAUCUUCCCGGCGUUGCGAUGGACACACCCGUGAUGACCGGUCCCUGCAACCCUCCUGAUAAGCGCUCCACCUCCAACACCAAGCGCGACACACUUGCCGGCCUUUACAACUGCAUCUGGCCCGGUCUUGAGUGGCAAACCUGCAGCGAUGACAAUACCUGGACCAACCCGGCGCCCAUGUUGGGCGGCCUUCACUGCAUCAGCUACGGCGUCAAUGAUUACAUGGAUACGGAUGACAUACCAUUCAUUUGA